ACUUACCAAUUAUUUUUGUUCAAACAACUCAUCUCACAAAGAAAAAAAAAUAUCAAAUAUCUCCUCAAUCAUCGUUUUUAAAUUUUCUCUUUGGUUUUGAAUGGUGAGAGAAUCAAUGGAGGUGACUCAAUAUCACCAAAGUUUUGAGAAAGGUUCGAGUUCUAGGGUUUCCAUGAACAAGAAGUCACAAGUAAUAUCCAAGAUCAAGCCAAAGAUUCGCAUCAUCCAUAUAUUCGCACCGGAGGUCAUCAAGACCGACGUCAAGAACUUCCGUUCACUAGUCCAAAGUCUAACCGGAAAGCCAGCAGCCGUAGAGGUCAAAACCGGUAAAAGGAGUGCCAGACCGAGAAUUCCCACGUCCCAAGAACCGGUUCGCGGAGAUCAUCAGCCGGUUAAGAGGCGUACGAGUUUCACCGGUUUAUUAGCAAACGGUGGAAACCAUGAUGUAAAAGAAGAAUGGGGAUCCGGUGAUCAGAGUACUACUUCAAACACAAACACUUACUUUGACUUAGAAGGUUUAAUUCAAGAUGUUGAAGAAGAUUACUUCUCUUCGUUUCCCAUGAGAUCUUCUUCUCCUUCACAAGUCGAAGGGUUCAUCUUCAACAACAACUUCGAGACCAAGGGUCACGAUACCUCCUGAGUAACCAAAGUUUUCAUCGUCUAGGGCUUCUCUGAUUCUUCAAUCACAUUGGUGGAUAAGAUCUAAACGUUUGAGGCAUGAAAGCAAACGAAGAAGGACCUCUUUUUGGAACAAAGGCAUGUAUAUAGAUGUCUGAAUUUUGAAUUGAUGGGUAUGAUGGGAAACUGAAACUUUUGGUAGACUGACUUUGCCAAAAGGUUGAGGGUUGUAAUGAAGAGUUUGAUUUAUGUGCAGUCCUUAUGGGAGAAGUGACUGUAUCUAAUCGACGUGGGUAAAAAACCCUAGUUAUUUUGAUAUGUAGUUUCAUUGAUCUGCUACUAUUGGAUGAUGUGAUAAUUCUUUGGUGUGUGUGUGCGUGAUUAGUUAACUUUUGUAUUAUUUGGAGAAAGGUUUGCCUGGUACUUAUGUCUAGCUAGUGUUUGGUUGUUAUAUUACAUAUAAAAUUGUAACGACUUUAAUCUCUAGUUCUAAAUUAUUUAAGAUGUUCAACAUAUUUUCUUGCCUCUGUAAUUAUUUUUCCAGUACAAUAUUUGUUCAUAUCUCG